AAAUGUGUCCAUGGUCGAUGGAAACAGGGAGGCUGCUCUGUCUCUUUUACGGUGAAGUUCAAAAAUAAAUAAGGUUCCAAGGAAGGAGCCGAUUAUCCCAAGAAGUACAACAGGUUGUUAAUUUGAUCCUCUUGUGUGGAAGUAGAGCUUGGACGGAUUGUCCUUGUGUGAUUAAGUUAGUAAAGCACGAGGCUCUUAGCAAUUCCCUCCACUAUCCGCCAUUUCGACCAAUAUCCUUCCUUCUUUCUCUCUCUGGGGAUUGUGCGACUGUAAUGUAUGCAGGAAAGUAGAGUGAGGAAGACGCCGGAGAUGGGGUUUCAGGACCAAACGCCGUCGUCGAGAUCAGGCUUCAGAGCUCGCGAUUCCAGCCCCGAUUCUGUCAUUUACGCUCUCGAAUCGAGUUUCAGUCUCUUCUCUUCUGCCUCCGCCAGUGUGGAGCGCUGCUCGUUUGCAUCGGAGGCCCACGACCGCGAUUCCCUCAUCUCUGAAAUCUCACUUCAUUUGGAAGAGCAUGAUGAGGAAGACCACGAGAGUUGCGGUGGUCCAAAUCCAGAUCCAAACAAACUAGCACUAAACAACAAGCACAGUCGUCUCUAUACCAAGGGAGAAAAAGCGAAAGCAAUUCAGAACGAAAAUAGCAAUGUCGAUUUAGAAGACGAGAAUCGAGCUGUCGAUUCGGCGAGGAGUUCCUUUUCUCUUGCUCUGAAAGAGUGUCAAGAUCAUAGAUCCAGAUCUGAAGUUCAAUCCAGGAAGCUGGACAGAAGGAGACCUGCUUCAUUGGAUCUAAAUAACGCCACUACAGCUUCCUCACCUCGUUUGGCAAGUAUCAAGAAGAACCCUAAAGUAUCAACACGGAAGACUGGAACAUUUCCAAGCCCUGUUACGCCUAAUUAUAGGCACAAUAGCUUUGGUAUGCAAAAGGGGUGGAGCUCGGAGCGAGUGCCAUUGCACAACAAUGGCGGUCGGAAACAUACUAAUAACCCUGCAUUGCUGACUCUCAACAGUGGCAGAACAUUGCCAUCGAAGUGGGAAGAUGCUGAAAGGUGGAUCUUUAGUCCCAUAUCCGGUGAUGGGGUCGUGAGGAAUUCAGUUCCACUUCCUCAACGGCGGCCUAAAUCAAAGAGUGGGCCACUUGGCCCGCCUGGUAUUGCAUACUAUUCACUAUAUUCGCCGGCUGUUCCGGCUUAUGAAGGAGGGACUUUUGGAAAUUUCAUUACAGGGUCACCAUUUUCAGCUGGAGUGAUAUCAACGAAUGGCUUGGGGAUUCAUUCCGGUGGGCAUGAAGGGACCUUUCAUGGACAAACAGAGCCCUCCAUGGCACGCUCGCUUAGCGUUCAUGGGUGCUCUGAAAUGCUGGGUCUUUUGUCCUCAACAACAGGCUUGCAAGAAGGAUCAGGGGAAAAUGUAAGUACGGAGGUCAAGGGUUCAGGGACGGAUGCUUCUCGUGUUGUUUCAAGAAGGGAUAUGGCCACACAAAUGAGCCCAGAGAGCAGUGUGCAAUCAUCUCCCAAGACGAGGCCGUCAAUCUCUGCCUCCAGUUCAUCUGGUAUGCAUAUGUUAGAGGUGGGAGCUGUGAGCUCUAAGUUGGAGGUGAGGGAUGUACAAGUUGAUAACCAGGUUACUUUGACAAGGUGGUCUAAGAAACAAAAAGCGCCAUUUCCUUGGAAAGACUCUGUUGACGACAGGAGGAAGAAAGACGGUGAUGCGGUUUCUGGAUGUUCAGAUUUAGAUGUCCCUAACAUAGCAAAAUGUAUUUCAAAGGUUAAGCGUGAGGAAGCCAAAAUAAGCGCAUGGGAAAAUCUACAGAAAGCAAAAGCCGAUGCAGCCAUACGAAAACUAGAGAUGAAACUGGAGAAGAAGAGAGCGUCAUCAAUGGAUAAGAUCAUGAAUAAACUGAAAUUUGCACAGAAGAAGGCCCAAGAAAUGAGGAGCUCAGUGAUGGAAAACCAGUCCCCCCGAGACAACAGGACAUCUUCUUCCAUCAAGUCUCUAUCAUCUUUUUAUCGAACCCGUCAUAUGGGCUCCCUAAGUGGUUGUUUCACCUGCCAUGCCUUUUAGUAUUCCGUUCAUUCAACCAGGACAACCCCAUGGAUCUUGUUUUGACAGAUAAGAGUUAAUUUGAGGACAUGGAAGGAAGAAUAUUGUAUAGAACAAGAGACGCUGCUGCUUCAAAUCGAAUGCGGUGUCAAUGUAGUUUUAUGGUGGCAUGGUUAGUUACUCCAAAUGAGCUGCAAAACAGUGAUAGCCAACUUCAUGGGAGCUGAAGUAUCAGAAGCUUUCUGGAUCCAACUUCCAUGGAGACCAACAUUUGAAACUUCGUUUGUAACUAAAACUAAGUUAACCCUUCUCUCGUUUCUUAUCUCAUUAUUCUUAACACAUUUUGUUUUUGUACUAAA